UUAACGAAGACACUCUCCUGUAUCAUGAAAGACUUUCCUCAUCCCAUGAAGACUAAGAAAACUCUUUCGGUCUUCACUAUCGUCAUCCUUUACCUUGCAAUAUCUUGCAUAGUAACUGCAACUCAAGCAAGAAGAAUUCCUGGUGAUGCUAUGGAAAAGGGGAUUAUGAUCAUAAGAAGCUACGUAGGCCGUCCAUCUUAUAAACCUCCACCACCGAAAGGACCAACACCGAUCGUUCCCUCAAGAGAUUUGGAUUCUCCAAAAGGACCAACACCAAUCGUUCCCUCAAGAGCUUUGGAUUCUCCAAAAGGACCAACACCAAUCGUUCCUGCAAGAGCUUUGGAUUCUCCAAAAGGACCAACACCAAUCGUUCCUGCAAGAGCUUUGGAUUCUCCAAAAGGACCAACACCAAUCGUUCCUGCAAGAGCUUUGGAUUCUCCAAAAGGACCAACACCAAUCGUUCCUGCAAGAGCUUUGGAUUCUCCAAAAGGACCAACACCAAUCGUUCCCGCAAGAGAUUUGGAUUAUCCAGUAUGGCCUGAGCCGCCAGCUUCUACUCAGCUUCUUCUUGAAGAGUAAUAGCCCGCUCAUCUUAUCAUCCGACCGUGUGGAAGAUGUCCUAAGUGAUCGAUGAUGAAAACCCACCAAAGUUUCUAAUAGUUAUGCAUGAAGUGUUCGAUGACUCUGAUUAAAUAAACUCUUUUAGGUUUGAGUGUUUAAUAGCUAUGUUAGUGAGUGUUUAAUGACUAAGACUGUACGCUACUUUCUAAUAGUUAUGUUUGUGAGUAUUUAAUGACUUUAAUUAAAUAAAUGGGUCUGGAUAUUAGCUA